AUGAAGCUAACAUUGGCCAUCUUCGCCAUUCUCUCUGCCAUUGCGGCCGUCGCCGCUGUCGACAUCCGCGGUUAUAGCAGCCAUGGCUGCUGGGGCUACUACUUUGUCUGCCACAACAUCCCAGCCAAUGCCUGUUGCAAUUUCCCCUUUAAAGCACGCUCUAUGCGUUGGACUCUUCCCACCGGAACUCGUGGAAUUGGUCAGGUUCGUAGACACUGCAGCUGGAACUACCCCAUGGUAUAUGGUCCCCGCUACAGCUCCUGCGUCAACUACAAUGGCCUUCUCGGUGUCCGUUCCGGCCGCUGGCAACAGGGGAUCUGCAAAUGGACCUUCCGCCGCAGCGUCCUCCUCGAGCGUCAAGACGAGGUUUGCCAAAUUGCCGAGGGCUGUAUCGACCCCAAUGUCUUUGUGUACACGACGGAGACGGGCGCAAAUAGGACGGUUACUGUCGACCCGGGUAGCAUUGACGCUGUGGCUAAGAUGGCGGAGGCGGGUGAUAUGAAGGGGCUGGCAACUCUGCCUGACUAUAAGGAGGCGUUGGAUACCAACCCCAGUGUGGACUUUUAUGACUUCGAGGAGCCGAAGGAGGGCGAGGUGCCGGAUGAAUAA